UCUACCUCGAGAUCUCGGGAUGGAGUACGAUGUUGCUGGUGCGCCUUCCAGAUUUGUCCCUUUUCCGAAGGUGUUCUGCUACGACACACUCGUCGCCGCGCCAGCGAUGUAUGUGCGCCCAAAAAAUGUACAGUGGUAUAUAUGGCACCCACUGCAGGACUUCUUGAUGGCGGUGUAGUCGUUGUCACUGUUUCGGAGAUCCACCGAUUCCCAUACACUAGCGGAGCGGCGGAGAACCAGCGUCAGAGAUAAAAAGAUUCUCAACAGCCACUACAUGGCUUCCUCUCUGCGCUCUCCAUCAUCUCUUUUCUCGUCCUCAUUGCAAUCAGCCGACGAAAUGCCUGGUAGAAAGCUCAAAGUCGCCAUUGCCGGUUUGGGCCGCAUGGGCGCGCGCCAUGCACUCCAUUUUUACAACUUGACUCCCCGCGCCGAAGUGAUCGCCGUAACCUCGCCAGAACUGAAAGAAUUGGAAUGGGCCAACCGGACCCUGGAGGGUGUUAGAACAUAUGCCGACUACGAUGAGAUGCUGAGAGAAGAGAAGGACCUCGAGGCAGUGGUCAUCUCCUCAGCCACCAUCGUUCAUGCCGAACAGGCCAUCAAGGCCAUCAACUUGGGGCUGCAUGUGCUCUGCGAGAAGCCGCUCAGCACAAGCCCGGAGGUGUCCCAAUCCGUUCUUUCGGCUUAUCAGAACUCGAUAAAACGAUUUCCCAACCAGAAGGUCAUCUGUGGCUUUUCGCGUCGCUUCGAUGCCUCUUAUCGGGAUGCAUACCAGAAAGUGCGCUCUGGAGUGGUGGGAAAGCCGGCGGUGAUCCGCUCUCAGACAUGUGAUAAACUCGAUCCUUCCGGCUUCUUUGUCGAGUAUGCCCAGUUCUCUGGGGGUAUCUUCGUCGAUUGCUCCAUCCACGACAUUGAUCUCGCUCUGUGGUUCUUUGGGGAGGACUCGGUGGUCAAAUCAGUCAGUGCUGUCGGAAUCACUGCCGUGUCUCCGGAACUGAGAAAGUACAACGACCGGGACAACGCCGUCGGGAUUAUUGAAUUUUAUGGUGGCAAGAUUUGCCAGCUGUACUGCAGCCGGAUGAUGGCCGCUGGACAAGAAGACUGCACCGAGAUCACCGGCACCAAAGGAAAAGUGUCAGUCAACACCCAACCCACUGGCACUCUUGUCAACAUUUAUGAGCCAUCCGGAAUCCGUCGUGAGAUCCCUCAGGACUAUUAUGGCCGAUUCCGCGAGGCCUUCAUUACUGAGGCCAACGAGUUCACCGCCUGCUGCCUCGACAACACCGAAGUACCCCUCCGACUGGAGGGGGCCGUGGCUGCGGUCAAGAUCGGAGGCGCCCUACAAGAAAGUCUCAUCACGGGCAAGAAGAUUGAGUUCGAUGAACGUGGCAAACGGAUAGGCGCUCCUGCUCCUCGAGGCGGAGGUCAGGCACCUCUGUCGGCCAGGCUGUGAUUGUGAUAGAGUGGUUGGCAGCCCAAUCUCGAUAGAAUAUGGACGCAUAUGAGCAUUGCAGUGACGGGCAUAGAACAAAAGAUAGAGACGGUUUACAGGUAGACUUUUCGGAUGGAACUUGAAUAGGGUCAAUUACAGUGCCAGUCUAAUCACAUCUUGCCUAUCACCUACUAUGUCUACCUGUGUCACACAAGAUCGAAGCCCUGCAGAAGAUUGAUUCAAAAUCCAUCGGCUACACCGGUGAAGCCAGUUGGUGUGCAACAGACCAAGGUUACUUCAGGGAUGCCAGGGGCCUGGCUAGGGACCUACUACUUAGCUAUUCUGGGGUGGCUGCAGGUGCACUUGGCUGGAGCUGAGCCUGCAGCACGAUUCCUCCAGCUGGUACUGCAACUACAA